GGAAGCCGGCGCAGGGCCGGCGCAGGGCCACAUCUUUCACACGUGUGGGGAGAGAACUCCAGCAGCCACGCCACUGCGGAGCUUCCAGGGUUCACGCAAGGAGUCGGGCCGGGCCGCCUCUGUCACCUCGGCCGCUACUGACGCCUUGAUUCACCACCCUCGCCAUGGCCGAGGACCUCUCCGCGGCCACUUCCUACACCGAAGAUGAUUUCUACUGCCCCGUUUGUCAGGAGGUGCUCAAAACGCCGGUGCGGACCGCUGCCUGUCAGCACGUUUUCUGUAGAAAAUGUUUCCUGACUGCGAUGAGAGAAAGUGGAAUACAUUGUCCCCUCUGUCGUGGAACUGUGACUAGAAGAGAAAGAGCAUGUCCUGAACGAGCUUUAGACCUUGAAAAUGUCAUGAGGAAGUUGUCUGGUAGCUGCAGAUGCUGUGCAAAACAGAUUAAAUUCUAUCGCAUGAGACAUCAUUACAAGUCUUGUAAGAAGUAUCAAGAUGAAUAUGGUGUUUCUGCUAUCAUUCCAAACUUUCAGAUCUCUCAAGAUUCAGUAGGGAGCAGUAAUAGGAGUGAAACAUCCACAUCUGAUAACAUAGAAACUUAUCAAGAGAAUACAAGUUCUUCUGGGCAUCCCACGUUUAAGUGUCCCUUGUGUCAAGAAUCAAAUUUUACUAGACAGCGUUUACUGGAUCACUGUAACAGUAAUCACCUCUUUCAGAUAGUUCCUGUGACGUGUCCUAUUUGUGUGUCUCUUCCUUGGGGAGAUCCUAGCCAGAUUACUAGAAAUUUCGUUAGUCAUCUAAAUCAAAGACAUCAGUUUGAUUAUGGAGAAUUUGUGAAUCUUCAGCUAGAUGAGGAAACCCAGUAUCAAACUGCUGUUGAAGAAUCUUUUCAAGUAAACAUCUGAAAGCUGUAGACAUCUGUGCAUCUUUGUACCUGCAAGUGCCGUCUUUAAGGAGAAAGCUACAUGAAGUCACCAUUUCAAUAACUUGAUGUGUAUAUUAAUAAAAGUAAUUCAGUCUAUUGUUUUAGUUUUUUAAUUGAAAAAUAAACAUGGGCCAUCUAAAAAGUUCAUUCUUUUGAUAAGUUAAAAAAUGAACAUUAGGACAUCAUCUUUAAAAGCAUUAAAAUGAUUGUAUUUCUUUCAUGUAAUGGUGAAAAGGGAAUCUUUGUUGUACUUUAUCUUCUUUAUAUUACAUAUUCUUGAAUUUUUCCUUAUGUGGCUUUUGAAAUUCGGUGCAGUUUCUCCCAUUGAUGUUACUGUACACAGGUAAAACGCAGUAGCAAAUGCUGAAAGAUGUGAUUGAUGUGAACCUAACAAAUCUGAGCCAGUUAAUCUGAGUGCAGAAUGGAGACUUGAAGUGCUAAGUUAAACAAUCCAAAGGAAAAAAAUUUUUAAUACAGAUUCUAGCUGAAGAAUUCAACUAUAAGAACGUGGUAUUUAUAUAACAUGUAGUAUUUUUGAAGACUAGUGAGAUUUCUUUAAUAAUUUUAACUGUUCAAAAAGUGAAGCUCAUUGUAAAGAUAUUUCAUUUUUGUUGCUGUUAGAAGGAAAUAUGAAGAGAAAAUUUCCUUGGCAAGCAAUUAGUAAUUUCAAAUCUUGUUUGUUUGGCUGACUAAUUUAUAAGCCUAUAGUAUAUUAAUUGAAUUAAACCUUUUUGGCUUCAGAAUUUCAGUAGCUAGUAUUUCUGAUGAGCUAAGCUGAAACUUUAAUUGGAAACUUUGAGUUGGUGAUUCAGUUGUAUGUUCUACAUAUAUAUUUAAGUGAAAAGUUUGGCUUCAUCUAAUUUGAGAAAUUCAAGCAAACCUAAAGAUAUGUAUGUAUAAUAGAUACACGUAUGCAUGCAGUUUAUCAGGUCAUAUACAGAAUUUAUUAAGAUUUAAAAAAUAGCAAUAUGGGAUUGAAGUGUUCAUCUGAUUUGAUUAACAUUUUGUAUAUCACCAAAUUUUUAAAAGUAACAGUCAAAAGAUAAAUAGUUUAGUUGGCUGCUACCAUACCUUGAAAUUGAGUUUACACACACAUACACACACACACUCAAUUACCUGUUUUUAUGGUGCUCAUUUGUUCUCAAAAGAUAAUGCAUGACUAUGAAGUAGUGACACACAUUUUACCAGCCACAUUGUUUCACUGCUUCUUAGUCAGACUGGGUUUGUUCUUAGUAUUCCUUAAUGAGAAUCAUAAUUUGUAAUAGAAGGUCCAAAUCACAGAAUAAAACAUGAAGAGUGGACUAGUGCACAUUCCAUACUAAUAUAAGUUGUUUAUGCUUUCUUUAAAUUAACUAAAAGAACAUAAAAUCUCAGAAGUAGUUUGCUGCUAAUAUAUACAUAUAUUGUAUAAAAAGGUAUAUUUUGGUUUUGUUAAAACCCUGUUGACUUUUCUACAGUGAACCUUUUUUUAACUUGGUUUAAUAAAAAUGUUAAUUUUGCAAGUGGAGUUUUGUAAAAACCUUUUUCAGUCAAACAGUAAUGACUUUAUGGGUAGAAAUAACAGUCACCAAAAAGCCAUACAUCUUAAUGAACUAAUGCCUUUGUUCUGUCAUUCGAAAGAGUGAUGUUUACUAUGUGCUUGAACAUUUCCUCUGCAGUUACAUGAGUGUAAUUGUAAGAAUAGCUGUUUAACUUUUUAAAAAGAGACUUUGACCAUAGGUUUUUCCAGUUUAAAGCAAUAACUUUAGUACUUUCUUUCAAAGUUUAAUACUUUCCAGUAUGUCGAGUUAAACCAUUUUGAAAUGUGAGAACUUCGAAGGAAAAUUGUAGUAGAAAUCAUCUUGAUGAAAUUGUGUUUUGAAAUUUUGUGGAUUAGUUCUAUAUCAUUAAUAGUCACAUGUCUUUCAUAUAAACUUUUUCAUAAAGAAGAUGCUGACUUUUAUUUGCUGUUAUCUGGGAGCUCCCCAGUAGAGAAAUGUUUGUUUAAAGUCUUCCCUCCUCUUGGCCAGUGGGUUAGGAAUAGGGAUUUACAAGUUUAUAGUUUAAAUUCAUGAAAAAAUUCUUACAGCUGAGUCAGGAUAAGAGGGAAACUAUUGAUACUCUUGUACUUAAAUUUCACAAUACCACUUAGGAAAAAUGAUUUUCCUCAGCAGAUUACAGUUUAUGUUAUUAAACAGUCUUAUUUGAGAUGUUUUAUUUUUCAGUUAAAAGUGGUUUUCUCUACUUGUGUGUCUAAAAUUUUGCUUAUAGGCAAACAUGAUAACAUUUAAUUUUCAUAACUCUGGACUACAUGUUAUUUUGCACAGAAGAAAGCAACCACAUGCUGAUGUUAUAUGUUGGAUUUAACUUUAUAAACAUUUUAUGUUUAUUUAAAAUGUUAAUCAACUUACAAAGUUGUUUUAUCAAGUAUUCAUGCAGCAAGAUUUUUAAGCCUUGUUAUCAAACCAGGCAGAAAGAUAAGUUAACUGGUUAAUAAAUACUUUUUAUGGAGAAUUUACCCGUAAGUAAGCUAUCAGGACUGUAGGAAUAUAUUGCCAAAUACAGUGUCAUAUACCUGUUGGGCUACUCGAUAGGUAUGAUCUUGGUGAAUCAUCACUUUUAUAGAAACCCUUUAGGGCUGGUACUCAAAGGAAAUACUCUUUGUGGAGGUGGUGACAUUUUAGCCUUUGUAGAGCAGUUGUGACCCAGAAAACAUGUAAAUACGUGUAGUAUAAAACUCAAAAGUGUGAAAUGCUCAUUCCGUGAUACAAUUUAGAGUGCAAUGUAAUUUUCUUAUUGUGCAAUACAAUUUGAAAAAAGAUGAGGAAUGGGAAUGAAUGUCAUUAAAAUGUUAAAAGAGUACAGGAACCUCAAGAAAAUGGAUGUUACAGCAUGAAACCUCCCUACCCCGAAAAGCAACUGUCCAAUCCUGGGGCCAAGAAAGAUGACAGUUCCUGCACUCCUUUCCUGAAUGAGGAAGAUUAAUGUGUAUUCCAUUGUGUACUUGAUUGAAAAACUUGGAUUAAACUAUACCAUGCAAUUUUGUAUGUAUAAUAAUAGGAAUUUUUAGGAGCAUAUAAUGGUGAAAGAUACUGUUGCAGAAUCCAAGAUGAGCAGGGGAGGGGAGCAGAUUUCUCCAGAAGACGAAUCAGAAUUAGAACCAUUCUGUGGAGGUUAUGAAGAAGAAAAUACUCAAGAUGUGAGGGAGGAGAUUUCACAUUUGGAUGGACAAAAUAAUGGUACAUGAUACUGAAAGUGCACCAAGUGAACAAUAGUAAUAGCUUUUUACUCUGAGUUGAGAUCAGGGAAAUCCAUUACUAGAAUCCCUUGAACCCCCUGUUCCUAUUUCCAGUCGUAACCACCAUUACUAACCUCUGAUACCACAGAUUGUUUGCCUGCUUUUAUACUUUAUACAAAUGAGAACACCCAAUAAAAGUUACAUCUGGCUACUUUUGCUCAA